GGAUGUAUAAAUGUGAAGCAUCCGCUUGGUGUUUUCAUCAAAUAUGCUUGUGAGAGGAAGCCCACUGGCCGGCAGUGGGAGGAGAUUUUGGCCGACAUUCUGCAAAMUUUCUCAUUGAUAAAACAUUUCAAUAGUUUUCUGUUCCCAAAACGAAAUUUGUUAUGAACAGAGUAGACUACGUUUGUAGACUACCCUUUGCGAAGAAAAAAAAAAUCGCGUUGUCGUUUCCAACGGGAACUAAUGAGUCAUUCUGGGCAGAACAAGCAAGAGGAGGUGGGCAGAGCCAAGUAGAGUUAGCGAGAUCCUAAUGGCGUGUUGUAGCAUUAUCUGCAUAUUUCCGUUAGGGAACGGCUACUCUGUGCUAUAAACUCAAUUCGCCCUUUCGCACCUUCUAAACAACGCGAUUUAUUAAAACGCUUGCAAAGGGUAAAGUCUACAAAACUUAGUCCACUCUGUUAAUAACACAUUUUAGUUUUGGGAACAGAAAACUGUAUUGAGAACAUUUGCAGAAUGUCGGCCAAAAUACAUCUCGAUCCUUUUUCUCCCACUGUUCGCCAGUUGGCCUUCUCUCAUGGAAAUGCCAAGCGGAAGCUUCAGUUAUACAUCCAGUGAAAUAUCUGUCUUAUUGUUAUAUCUGUGACGACGGUAUAUGUGUUACAUUAUAUCUGUCCCGGUGUCCAGCCGAUCUAGUAGGUAAAUMUAUCCGGGUCGUUAGAAACGCCACGCUAGCAUCGUAAACUAAUCGCAGGGAUUUUAAUUAAUUAUAUUUGGUAGUGUGUCAAGUUGACAUGGUGCAAAUAAUCACUGAUUCCCUCUUACAGAAUCGGAUUUUCUGUCCAACUAGCCAUAGUUAGCUAAUUUAAGUUGUGGACGAUUUGCAACUAGCAUGCUAAUGGAUAACAACGAAUGAGUUUGGGUCCUCCGCCACGAAGAGCAUGCUGUUAUCUUUUCCGGUUCGCCUUAUCAAGAGAACAUGACACUCCCUGUGAUGGUGACGUGUAACUUAAGUUCUUUCAAUCUUUUUGACAUCUGCAGGUGCUGAAWUAAUCACUGCCCCACAUGUCCUCCUAGGCUAAUUCUGAAAAAGGAGUCUUAACAAGGCUUUAACACAUACUUUCUGCAGGGAUCUUAGAACAUUAUGGCCCAUCUAGAGCAGGCAGAAUCUCAUCUGGCUGAGAUAGAGCUACUCUCCAGUAUGUACCCCGGUGAAGACGAGCUGGUGAUUACUGACCAACUAGCUGUGGCUGAGCUCAGGGAGUAUGUGGAGGGAGCAACAGAUACCUAUCCUCUGUCCAGACCACACGUCCUCAUCAAACAGAAGAUGGACACUGACACUGUGAAGGGGGUGAAUGUGACCAUAUCUUGCACCUACUCAUCUGACUACCCUAAUGUCUUACCUGAAAUAGCUGUACGGUGUCCUGACCUUAACCGAUCCCAGCAGGCCCAGCUUCACUCAGACAUGAACACCUACCUCUCAGAGAGCUGCCAUGGAGAUGUCUGCGUCCUCUCUGCCGUGGAGUGGGUCAAAGACAACGUACACCUGUACCUGACCGACAAGAGCACAUCAUCAACAGCAGCCCCUGGCAAGAAAGAGUCUCGGUCUACCUCCUCAUCUCCGCAGCCCAAAGAGCAGUUCAGUCGCCUGUGGAUCUACAGCCACCACAUCUAUAAUAAGAGGAAGAGGAAGAACAUUCUGGAGUGGUCCAAGGAGCUGGGUCUGUCAGGGUUCAGUAUGCCUGGCAAGCCUGGGAUCAUCUGUGUGGAAGGCCCUCAGUCGGCCUGCGAAGACUURUGGGCCAGGGUGAAGGUUCUAACCUGGAAGAAGAUCAUUAUUCGCCACAGAGAGGAUGUUUCUGUGGACAGUCAGAGUGCUGAGGCUAGCAUGGCGAACAACAUGGAUUCCCUCCGUAGGUUCACAGGGUUCGAGGAGGCCAUGUUUGAUCCACACGGGAACAGAGGAAACCACAUGAACCUGGGUCAGCUCUAUCAGUACCUCAGUGAGAGAGGAUGUGGAGACGUCUUUCAGCUUUACUUUGGAAUUGAAGGAAGGUAGUAUAGCUGAUAGGAUUGGUCCCAUAACUGUUGUUGUACCCAAAUGAACCAAUGGCAGGAAUCAAGAGUACCCAAUGAACAAAUGGCAGGAAUCAUGUACCCACAUGAACCAAUGGCA